AUGUCUGCUGCGCAGGAACCGCCACGCUUCUUUUGCCAUGAAUGUGGUGAUACCGUAGAUACACACAUAGAUGAACCCAGUGAGGAGGUUUGCUGUAAUCAGUGUGGUGGUAACUUUGUGGAAGAGAUUGAAGACGACGAUUUACCGCAGAAUUUUCAAGCAGGAUUAGUGGAAGAAACACCGACACAGAUAGCGACAACUGUGGGUUCUACAGCAGUCGAUGCUCUUACUGAGAUUCGCAAUGAAUUUGGAGGCACUCGUCCCUUAUCACGUCCACCAGGUCAGGUGACGCGGUUUUCAGCUAAUGAUGAAGGAAGACCAUUGCCUGAUUUGCUACAAUUUUUGGCUGGUGCUACUGGGAGUGGACGUAGUACACGCUUUAUGAGUAGCAGUGGGAAUCCUAUCGAGGUUUACGUUAGUGAGUUGGGAGAAGGCAGGGAUCCCUUAGGGAUAUUGAAUGCUUUGGGAGGCAUGUUUCCUAUGUUGGCAGGUAAUCCAGGUGACUAUGCUUUCGGUAACAUGGCUAAUGUAAUUAACCAGCUUAUGCAGAACGAUCCGAAUCGGCAUGGAGCACCACCAGCCGCUAAGGAAAUCGUGGAACGUCUACCAAAGUUGAAAAUUACUCAGAAUGAAGUGGAUGGGAGUGCAGAGUGUACCGUAUGCAAGGAAUUCUUUGCUGUUGAUGAUGAGGCUCACCGCCUGCCGUGCGAGCACUCCUUCCACCCUGACUGUAUCUUGCCUUGGCUGAAGCAACACAACUCGUGUCCGCUGUGUCGAUUUGAGCUGCCCACAGAUGAUCCUGAUUAUGAGCGCCGGCGUGCGGCGUCGUCAUCCACAUAA